AUGCUUUCUAGUGUCCCAAAGGAAAUUUUAUUUCCAAAGAGACAAUUUCUGACAGCCGAGGAUACUUUGAAUUUGCUCUCUGAAGAACUUUAUUUUGGCUCAUGUAUUGACCAAUGGCCGAAUACUUUUCGCUCCUUGUAUUUACGUGAAUGUUUAAUUGAUGUAGAUACAAUUAGUAUGCGUCAAAUUGAGCUUUAUUCUCCGCCUUCGCUUAAUUUUAAUGAUAAUAAUGUUAAUUUUUGUCCGAUGUCUUCAUCUGAAGCUUGGAAAGGAAAGCACAUUAUUUUGGAUGGUUCUUCUUUACUUAAUUUACACAUUUUACCAUCACUUUCAUCUAAUAAUAACACAAAUUCGAAUAAAUCAUUUUCAUUAUUUAACACUCUUAAUCGAUGUUUAACCGCUUCUGGUAAACGUCUUCUUCGCCAAUGGAUAUCUACUCCAACUUGUGAUAAAGAGACCCUUUUGGGAAGGCAAUCUUGUGUUAAAUGGUUGAUGUCAGAUGAAAGACGACCACAUUUAGCAAAAUGGAUGGAAUUGUUAAAAAUACAUACAAUUGGUUCAAAACAUCGAGCAGAUACAAAACAUGGAGGUGGUGGUCAUCCUGAUUCUCGAGCACAACUUUUUGAUAGUGACAGAUACAAUAAACGAAAAAUUCGUGAUCUUUUGAUUGUUUUGGAUGGAUUAGGUUGUGUUCCUUCAAUGUUAACUAAUUGUUUCGGCUCAAAUUAUAAAGAAAUGAGUGAAGAUUUGGAAUUCUUUAAGAAUGCUUUUGACCGUCAAUCAGCUUUAGAACAUGGAGUUAUCCAGCCAAAUAAAGGUGUUGAUGAAGAAUAUGACUUGGCUUGUAAUGAUGUAAUUAGUUGUGAAUCUCAUCUUAAUGAAUUUCUUGAAAAAAUGAGAAAAGUGUUUAAAUGCUCGACAAUAAAAUUUGUUGGUACAGGCAGGAAUUCUUAUCAAUUAGAAAUACCCGAUGCUUUUUGUAAAUCUUUGGGUACAGAUUUUAGAUUAACAUCACAAAGAAAGGGUUUUAAACGUUAUUAUACUGACGAACUUCAACAACUUUUUGAUAAAUUAACAAAUUCUGAAACUCAACGUGAUUUAAUUAGUGCAGAAGUUACAAGACGUGUUUUUGCUGAUUUUAGUCAAAGAAAAGAUAAAUGGAAAAAUAUUGUAAAUAAUUUAGCUCAAUUUGAUUGUUUAAUUUCCUUAACGUUAUUUGCUCAAUCUUCGCCAAAGAAAAUGUGUUUUCCAGAAUUUUGUUAUGAUUCUGAAAAGCCAUUUUUGUCAAUUUCUAAAGGAUUCCAUCCUUCAUUAAUUGAUGCAGUUGGUGUUGAUUAUAUUCCAAAUGAUUGUGAACUUGGAGGUAAAAAUUCCCCUUUGAUGUUACUUACUGGUGCUAAUAUGGGAGGAAAAAGUACUUAUAUGAGACAAAUUGCUGCACUUGUUGUUAUGGCACAAAUUGGUUCAAUGGUUCCAGCAAAUUCAAUGAAAUUAACUCCUGUUGAUAGAAUAUUUUGUAGAAUUGGAGCUAGUGAUAGACUUGUUGCAGGCCAAUCCACAUUUUAUGUUGAACUUGCUGAAACAAAUAUUAUUUUAAGACAAGCUACUUCAUAUUCUUUAGUUUUAAUUGAUGAACUUGGUCGUGGAACGAGUACUUUUGAUGGCACGGCAAUUGCUUGUGCCGUUUUAAAAUAUUUAUCAACAAAAAUAUGUUGUAGAGGGCUCUUCUCAACACAUUAUCAUGCUUUAUGUAAAUUUGUUGCUAAUAAUCCAAAUGUUAAAUUGGGACAUAUGGCUUGUAUGGUUGAAAAUGCAAAUUUGGAGGACCCAACCAUGGAAGCAAUAACAUUUUUGUAUACAUUAGCUGAAGGAGCUAGUGAUAAAUCUUAUGGAUUUUAUACAGCUAAAAUGGCGGGAAUUGAUGUUGAGAUUGUUAGAAAAGCUUUUUCUGCUUCCAAAAUGUUAGAGAAAAUAAAUUAA